CCAAAGCGUGCUUUUAAGAGGGGUGGUUUGUGAACAUCCAACGUGCUCAACCAUGAACGGAGAGAGAUUUUUGAGAGAGUGAGAGCGAUCCACCUGGAAAUUGAAGAAAAAGGCAAGUUUAGAGAGAUUAUCAUAAAACGUAAACCAUAAACCCAUAGAUUCCUUUGUUCUUCUCUUCUCUCUCUUACCUGUAUCAUCUCCUUCUCCAUUCUUCUUCUUUUUCUUCCCAUCAUUCAUGGCUGGCGCUUCUUGAAUCUGCCUGGCAGUAUCUAAUCACAAAUUUCAGUGAUUUUCAACUCGCUUGUAUUGGAAGCUUCAUCAUCCAUGAAAGUGUUUUCUUCUUAUCUGGACUACCAUUUAUACUUUUGGAAAGAGCAGGAUGGCUGAGCAAGUACAAGAUCCAGGCGAAGAAUAACAGUCCUGCUGCUCAAGGAAAAUGUAUUUCACGCCUACUACUUUAUCAUUUUGGUGUUAAUCUUCCAGUUAUGCUUGUUUCUUAUCCUGUCUUCAAGCGUAUGGGCAUGAGAAGCACUCUUCCAUUGCCAUCCUGGAAAGUAGUUUUCGGCCAGAUAAUAUUCUACUUUAUUAUUGAGGAUUUUGUUUUCUACUGGCAUAGAAUUUUGCACACCAAAUGGCUGUACAAGAAUGUCCACAGCGUCCAUCACGAAUAUGCUACACCUUUCGGACUAACAUCUGAAUACGCUCACCCUGCCGAGAUCCUGUUCCUUGGAUUUGCUACAAUCAUCGGUCCUGCUCUUACUGGUCCCCAUCUAUUUACCCUGUGGUUAUGGAUGGUGGUUAGAGUCCUGGAGACAGUUGAGGCUCAUUGUGGUUACGAUUUUCCUUGGAGCCCUUCAAACUUCAUACCUUUGUAUGGGGGUGCUUAUUUUCAUGAUUAUCAUCACCGACUGCUUUAUACGAAAUCUGGCAACUACUCAUCAACAUUCACUUACAUGGAUUGGAUAUUUGGAACUGACAAAGGCUUCAGAAACUUGGAAGCUAUAAAAAAGGCAGAAAAUUGAUGAUGAGAUAAUAGAGAGCUGUUGAAAAAGUCGGGUAAAUUCAAGAUAGGUUUCUAAUCUAUAGCAACAUUUGAAAAGGUUUAGUUCUUCUGUAUCCCCUUUUCUUGUGUGCCAUUAUGUGUUUUGCUGUCUUCUUCUUCUUUUUUUGUUGUUUAAAUGUCAGUAUUCUUUUCCUGAAUCUAAUGAAGUGCUGGCUGUGGAACUUGGCUUGUCAUUUUCUUUUAGUUCAGUUUAACACAUUUUGUGGUUCAUGUUUCAGUUGGCUUAUUUUAAGAAACUUAAUUAGCAUGAACCAUGGAGCAGAACAUGAUUGUGUUUUAA